CGAUUGUACUGGGCCGUUGCUGCCCGUGAGAAUGGCCGGUGCAUCUCGGCGAGUUAGUGUCUCAUCACCUUUAUCAUCACCUCUCCCUUUUAGCUCUCUUGGUUCGCCCUUUUUUCACUCUGGAUCCCAUUGGCUCAGAGUUCAUUUAUUUUGCGAGGUUGAUCCCGUCAUCUGAGGUGUUUUUAUGGUUUUUUGUUUCGGUACUGCAUCUCAGUGGCACCUUACCAUUCCGACGAUCCUUCCAAUCGGUGGUUUCUGAUUUGCCCUGUGGUGCCUGCAUCUUCUCACCUUGCCGCCCACUUGCGCUGAGUAUUCCCGCUGGCCUGUCCUCCAGUUGUUCCUCACCAUCUCACCUUAUCCUGUCCCUUCCUUGACGCUGUUGCGCAAUCCUUGAGUCGACAGUUGGCCGGGAAAAAAUGUCGGCCUCGGAUAGAGAAAGCGCAAAAGGGCGCGAAGUCGACGAGAAUGUGACCGACGUUGCAGGUGCCAGUGCUUCGUCGGGCGGGAUGGACGCCGCCUGGACUUACCUCGAGAACCACCGGGAUGCUGACGCGAAAACGGCGACAAUCGAUCUCGCCGCCCUCCGGCGCAAGAUCGAUUUCCGCAUCGUGCCACUGAUGUUUCUGUGCUACACACUGCAAUUUCUGGACAAAGUCAUUCUCAAUUACGCUGCUGUGAUGGGCAUCCGGACCGACUUAAACCUUCAAAACAACGACUUUUCCAAUGUUGCCACUUUUCUGUUCGUUGGCCUGUUGUGCUUUGAGAUUCCCAACAUCUACUUCCUUCAGGCUGUUCCCGCCGCCAAAUGGCUGGGUCUGAACGUCAUUCUCUGGGGCACCGCUACUGCUUGUGGUGCCGCCGCGUACAACUACCAGACUCUCCUGGUUUCUCGCGUCUUUCUCGGAGUCUUUGAAGCUACCAUCGCCCCUUCUCUGAUGCUUAUCAGCAGCCAGUGGUAUACCAAGUCUGAGCAGGCACCCCGCUUCUCCUUUUGGUAUCUCGGCCUCGGUCUCGGUCAGAUCGUGGGAGGCGCCGUCUCGUAUGGCUUCCAGCACAUGGGUCCCAACGCCCAGCUUGCCGGCUGGCGGACCAUGUUCGUUACCCUCGGUGUAUUGACGGUUGUUGCCGGGGCGGCAGUCAUCUUGUUCCUUCCCGACACUCCUAUGAAGGCUCGCUGGCUCUCGGAUAACGAGAAGGUUGCGCUCCUGAAACACGUCAGUGUCAACAAGACCGGCAUCGAGAACCGCAAGUUCCGUGCCAGCGAGAUUGUUGAGGCCUUGAUGGACCCUCAGCUCUACCUUUUGCUGCUAUCUGUUAUACUGCUCUCGGUUUCAAGUGGCGUCGUCACGAGCUACUCCGCAACCCUAAUCGGCAAUCUCGGAUACAAGCCCAAAGAAGCUGCCUUGAUGAAUAUGCCGUCCGGCGCAGUUAGCAUCUUUUUUACUCUGUUUGUCGGAAUUGGUAUCCGUCGGCAGUCCCACCGUUGGGCGUGGAUCAUUGCUUGCAUCAUCCCUGCCAUUAUUGGUGGUGCCCUUAUGUCGUUCCUUCCAACCACCAACCGCAGCGGCAUCUUGGCGGGUAUUUACCUGGUCAACGCCGUCGUGGCCCCUCUUGCUGUCUUCUACAACUGGACGGUAGCCAACGUGGGCGGUGCUACAAAGCGUGCCUUCGCUGCCGCAAUUAUUAGCGGUUCCUUCUCCCUCGGCAAUAUCAUCGGCCCCCAGACCUUCCAGGCCCGAGACGCACCGGAGUACCGUCCGGCCAAGCUCGCUGUCAUGGGCACGCAGGCAGGCUGCGCUUUCACCACGUUCCUCCUAUUUCUUUACUACGUGUGGCAGAACAAGAGGCGCAACAACACCUCGGAUGUUGAGACAGAAGAUGCUGCCCUGUCCCCCGAGGCAUGGGCUCGCAUGACGGACAAGGAGAACAAGCGGUUCCGCUACACGUACUAACCAAUUAUAUUAGAUGAUCAUGUAUCCAAAAAACAUGGUUGAAACGUGGUGGCUGUUUCUAUAGAACGUCUUGGAUAGAUAAUCAUGCAGCGGUAAUCCGCCGCAGUUCGUGACAAGCUCUUCAGUGAUCUCUGAGAUGCAUCUUGCUUGAAACUACAUUCCUGGGAUACACCUGGAAUCGUGAAACACCGGCCGGGACGGAUUGGAAGCCGGGACGGUUCAGCGGGUUCAGCGUCAGGGGACCGGUCUCUCGGUUCCCGUUCUAGAAACCUCCUUUGUUGGUACUGCAUCACACA